GUGGUACUCUCCUCAUUCAGAGAUGGCGCUGACCCCAGAGCUCUAUGACACCCCUGCCUCCCGGCUGGACUCCUUCGUGACUCAGUGGCUGCAGCCCAGCCGGGACUGGAAAGAAGAGGUCCUGGAGGCCGUGCGGACGGUGCAAAAAUUCCUGAGGGAAGAGCACUUUGAGGGGGAGCAUGGGCUGGACCAGGAAGCGCGGGUGCUGAAGGUGGUCAAGGUAGGCUCCUUUGGGAACGGCACGGUGCUCAGGAGAACCUCGGAGGUGGAACUGGUGGUGUUCCUGAGCUGUUUCCACAGCUUCCGGGAGGAGGCCAGGUACCACCAAGCCGUUCUGAGUCUGAUGUGGAAAAAGCUGUGGUGUUGCCGGGACCUACUGGCCCUUGGGCUCGAGAACGUGGAAAUAGUCCAAGGAGUCCCCGAUGCCCUCGUCUUUACCAUCCAGACCAGGAAGACCGCAGAGCUCGUCACUGUCACCGUCGUGCCUGCCUACAGGGCCCUGGGGCCUUCUGUUUCCAACUCUCAGCCACAUCCUGAGGUCUAUGUGAGUCUGAUUGAGGCCCACGGUUACCCUGGAAACUUCUCCCCAUCCUUCAGCGAGCUGCAGAGGAACUUUGUGAAACAUCGGCCAACCAAGCUGAAAAGCCUCCUGCGGCUGGUAAAAUACUGGUACCUGCAGUACGUGAAAGCCAAGUGCCCAAGGGCGGCGCUGCCCCCUGUCUAUGCCCUUGAGCUGCUGACUAUCUACGCCUGGGAAGUAGGUGCCCAGGAGGACGAGAGCUUCCAGGAGUAUAAGUUCCUCUGCAUCUACUGGACCAAGUACUACACAUUCCAGAACCCGCUCAUCAAGGGCUUUGUCAGAAAACAGUUCAAAAGAGACAGGCCUGUCAUCCUGGAUCCAGCUGACCCCACCCACAAUGUGGCAGAAGGGUACAGAUGGGACAUCGUCGCUCAGAGGGCCUCCCAGUGCCUGAAACAGAACUGUUGCUAUGACGACAAGGAGAAUCCAGUCCCCAGCUGGACCGUGAAGCGGGCACGAGACAUCCAAGUGACCGUGGAACAGUGGGGUUACUCAGAUCUGAUCCUCAGGGUGAACCCUUAUGAACCCAUAAAGAAGGUUAAAGAGAAGAUCUGGCAGAGCCGGGGCUGUGUGGGCCUACAGCAUCUGUCCUUCCAGGAGCCUGGUGGCAAGCGACAGCCCCUCAAUAGCCAGUGCUCCUUGGCCUAUUACGGAGUCUUCUCCAACAUCCGCAUCUGUCUGGUGGAGACCAUCUCCCCCGAGAUCCAGGUCUUUGUGAAUCAUCCCAAUGGUGGGAGCCACGCCUACGCCAUUGACCCCAAAAGCUUCAUCCUGGGCCUGAAGCAGCAGAUUGAAGACAAGCAGGGGCUGCCCACAAGUCAGCAGCAGCUGGAGUUCCAAGGCCAAGUCCUGCAGGAUUGGGUGUCUUUGUGGAGCUAUGGUAUCCGGGAUAGUGAUACCCUCAUCCUCUCCAAGAAGAAAGCUGGAAAGUUUCCUUUUCUGCCCUACUAAUCUGGGACUCAGCAUAUCAACCACUUCCUCCAGCUCUCGCCUGGGGGAGGUCCCAUGUCUUCACCAGCUUUGUAAAUAGUGAGCGUAGCCCCGCCAGGAGGGAUGUGGGACACUUGCUAUACGAUGGACAAUGGCCAGACCAUACAUGACAAUAGAAUUCUGACCCACAGCCUCUGCAGUCCCCUAGCCCAGGAAGCCAAACUAUCACCUCUGCAGCAAGCACCCCCAAAUCAUCAGGACUUGAUCACUGCCAGCUUCCCUAAUUCGACCUCACUUCCAACUUAGAAUCAACCAGAAAAAUCCAGAUAGGCUCCCUAACCAAUCACAGAGGAGGCCCUGCUUCUAAUUAGCUGCCUACUGCUUCCCCAGGCCAACAGCUUCAAUCAGAGUAUACCUGAAGCCUUCCCUUUUUUUCCACUAUAAAGUUUUCCCCGUCUUGGAAUCUCUGCCAGUUUACGAGGGAUGGUGGCUGACUCCCUUGCAAUAGCAAGUUGGAAAUAAAUCACCUUUGUUUAUUCUC